GCGGUCGUCCCCAUUCAUCGCGCCAAGGUGAAGCGCGGGGAGGGAGGACGCUCCUGCCUCGCCCGCAACGUGCGGCGCUCGGGAACCCAAACAAUGAUUCCCCUUCUCGCUUCCCCGCCCACCGCACCCCGGCAGGCACCCCCGCGCCCAGGGCGCCGACCGCGGGGCUGCCCACGGCCGGACCUAGUUGUACCCCAGAGAGGGCACUGCCCGGGGCCCCGGGGGGGCGUCCCUGAGAGCCGCCGCCGGCUCCGCCCACACCUUUCCAAGUUAGCCCGCGGGUGAGCCCCGGGGCCGGGCUCGGGCGCCCGCCCCUCUCUGCGCUCUCCACCCGGGCGAGGGGGCGCUGCGAGGGCUCCGCGCUGGGUCUGUCUCCGAAUUGGCGUCCUAGCGCUGCUAUGAGCGCUCCUACACAAAAGAGGGGACUUUCUCGCCGCUCAGCGCGAGUCGUCGCCCGGGAGAGUUGCCAUCGGGGGUCCCUCCCAGUCCGAGACCCCUGGGGUCCCCCAGAGCUGGCGGCUCCCCAAGCUGCGUUGGGCCAUGUGUAGGUUAUCUUGGGUGCAGCAGCAAGGUGGUGCAGGUGAAAGGGAAGCGUGGCCCAGCCCGUGGCCGUGGGCGGAGGCAGGGGUGGGGCGGGGUGGAGGCUCCGCGGACCCACCCCCCAGCCCGGGGCCCGGGCGGCGAGGCUAGGGCCGGGCAGUGGGUGUUGCCUUCUACCUCUGCGAUCGGGGAGGGGUUAGUUUCCCACAGGGGAUUUCAACCAUCACACUCAGAGCCCGCCUCCUAAUCCGCGGAGCGGCUCGGGGGCCCCAUUUUAUGGCAAUAAAGCGAUUUAGCGCCUGCUGAGCAGCCCCUCCCCGCCGCCGCCCCCGCCCUCGGCCCCACCCCGGGGCUCGCCCGCAGCGGCGGGGCUUUGUUUCUGGGGAGGAGAACCUGAAGCUCUUUUGUUUGGGGGAUUGGUGUUUUCACCCCCCCCUCAACUUCUCUACCCCUCACCCCACCCCGCCCCGCCCCGCCCCACCCCACCCCACCCUACCCCACCCCACCCCACCCCCCGCGCCUCUCCGGUUUCCUGAGCUGCGGGCUGCAAGGGAGGAGAAGCGGAGUCCUGCAACCCCCUCGGCUGGGCCCCGGGGUAAUUCGAUGCGGGCCUGGCGAAGCUCCCCACGCUAGACCGGGGCUCGCGUCUGGGCAGCCUCCACCUACCGGCCCACCCUACAUUUAGCGCAUCAUGUGAUCCGGCUUUUCCAGUUUCUCAGCAUGCAGAUGUUAACUUUUGAGUAAAAGUAAACUGGAUCAAUGUGGCUCUCAAAACAAAUGGAUGAAUGAAUGAUUAUAUGAAGAGGAAAACAAUAGAGACUAUCAACACUUUUGAGAACAGAAUGUUAAUGCUUGAUGGGAUGCCGUCAGUCAGAGUCAAAACAGAGCUUCUGGAAUCUGAACAAGGGGUAAGCUCUCCAGACGUUCACAACUACCCAGAUAUGGAAGCUGUUCCCCUGUUGCUAAAUAAUGUGAAAGGGGAGCCCCCAGAGGACUCAUUAUCUGUAGAUCACUUCCAAACACAAACUGAGCCAGUGGACUUGUCAAUCAACAAAGCCAGGACAUCUCCCACAGCCGUUUCAUCCUCCCCUGUUUCCAUGACAGCGUCUGCCUCCUCACCUUCUUCAACUUCAACCUCGUCAUCAUCUUCUAGUCGUCCAGCCUCAUCACCAACUGUUAUAACAUCAGUAUCUUCAGCAUCAUCUUCGUCAACAGUAUUAACUCCAGGGCCCCUUGUUGCCUCUGCAUCUGGUGUGGGAGGUCAGCAGUUUUUGCACAUUAUCCAUCCUGUACCACCUUCAAGUCCCAUGAAUUUACAAUCUAACAAACUGAGUCACGUUCACCGCAUCCCCGUGGUGGUCCAGUCGGUGCCUGUUGUCUACACAGCUGUGCGGUCACCUGGAAAUGUGAACAACACUAUCGUAGUGCCGCUUUUGGAGGAUGGGAGAGGCCAUGGCAAAGCACAAAUGGACCCUCGAGGCCUAUCUCCCAGACAAAGUAAAAGUGACAGUGAUGAUGAUGACCUGCCAAAUGUGACCUUAGAUAGCGUUAAUGAAACUGGAUCUACGGCCCUUUCCAUAGCCAGAGCAGUACAAGAGGUACAUCCAUCCCCAGUAUCAAGGGUCCGGGGAAAUCGAAUGAAUAAUCAGAAGUUUGCUUGUUCAAUUUCACCAUUUAGUAUUGAGAGCACAAGACGCCAGAGAAGGUCUGAAUCCCCCGACUCCAGAAAACGGCGUAUCCACAGAUGUGAUUUUGAGGGAUGCAACAAAGUGUACACAAAAAGUUCUCACCUGAAGGCUCAUCGAAGGACACAUACAGGAGAGAAACCCUACAAAUGUACCUGGGAAGGCUGCACCUGGAAGUUCGCUCGUUCGGAUGAACUGACAAGGCAUUACCGCAAACACACAGGAGUAAAGCCAUUCAAGUGUGCGGACUGUGACCGCAGCUUUUCCCGGUCAGAUCAUUUGGCACUGCACCGACGGAGGCAUAUGCUGGUGUGAGGAAUGCUACCUGUCCAGCUGAGCGUAAGAGCUGGAUCUCUUAGCAGCACACCAUUCAGCAGGGCUGAAUCCCCUUCACAGUGUUAACACAAAAGGGCAUCAUCAUCCCAGGAUGUCUGAAACCAGAGCAGGAAAAAAGAAGUAACACUUCUCGUUUGGGUCUGAAGGUAACUCCCAUCACAACUACAUGAGAAACAUCUUCAUGCUGGCCUGCGAGAUCGGUGACACAAAUCCUGAAGAGACAGGCAUUGUUUUUUCAUGCUGUGUACUCUGCCAUUUAAAGAUGUUUGUAGCCUGUGCAUUUUCUGAGCUGUCAGACGCUUUGUUAUUGGUACUUUCAAGGUCAUCUACCACAAAUUGAUGGCUAGAGCAAGACCUUUCAAAUUUGGAUUCAACUCCCAUCAUCCCACGCCCCCACCCCCUUUUUACAGAAAUUUUAGUUACUAUCUAAGUGAGGACACACAACCAAUCUGUUACCAGCAAGCAGCGUGAAAGUAGAAAAGAAGCUGUUGGAGAGGUUCCAUUCCCUGAGAAUAAAGGGGCACUCAGGCAGCCCUUUGCAGUAGUGGUGGCAGCAACCAGAUAGCACCCUCAACUUGUCAUUCUGCCAUGCCCUGAAGAAACCAACAUUGAAUCUUUCAUUUGUUUGUUGUUGUUUUGUUGUUGUUGUUUGUUUUGUUUUGAUUCUGUUUUGUUCAUCUGUUUGCGCAGAGGGGUGGCAACAUUUCACUUGGAGUCUAGUCCUGGUGUCUGCCCUGGCAUGGACUGGCACAGAGCUGUUCUGUAGUUGAAUAGGAAGAGCCUGACUAAAAAACUACUGCCCCACUUCAAAUUGCAGUCUUCUGUCACCUAAGCAUCAUCUCUUCCUGCCCCUAGUAUUUGAUUACAAGGAAUCAGGGGGAAAAAAACUUUCUUAGACACACUGGCACCAAGGUAAGAGGUGGGGCUGCCCAGGCAAAGUCAGUGAACAUGAAAAAUCAGACAAAGCAGAGAUGGAAAUAAUGCGCCUCUUGAGGAGAAAAGCAAUAAUGAAUAAAAGGACUUUCCUACAAUAACUUCACUGAGGACUCACGUUACCAAUUUUCAUACUUACUAAAGGGAUUGUAAAAAACACCCCAGCAUUUUAGAUGUCUUGGUUCCAUUUACAGCACUGAGGUAAUCUUUCUGCUGUUUGUUGUCCUGGUUGGUCAAGUACCACAAUUAAAGAUUAUGCUCCUCUUUUCUUGUUUGAAAACAGUUAUUUGGUGACUAGAAAGGCCAGAGAGGCAUAGCAGGGAAUUAACUCUUGGGUUAUUGGGUCAGUUCUUGUUGGAACCAAGGCAGUGGAAAGGGAAUGCUCCCUGAGGAAAACCUGACAUGGUGCUAGUUUCCUCACUUGGAGAGCCAGGGAUAUGUGACUCUCCAAUAGGUUCUUCUCUACAGAUUCCAUUUUCUAAACUGUGUUAGGGCCCAUUGGCACCUGCAAGGAUGUUGAAUCCACUCAUCCUGUGCCGAGGAUGAGAGGAAAUUACAAUCCCGUCAACACCUGAAAAUUAUGAGCCUUUUUUUGCAACUAGCAAAGUCUACAGUAAAACAGAGCAAUAUAUCACCAACAAGCAUUCUUUCAGAAGAAAUACCGUAUUUUCCCCCCACUGAAAGCUGUUCUCUCAGCUUAUGUGGCUAAGGGGCCUGGUGAGGCUUUUUGUUUUGUUUUAUUUUGUUAUUAUUGUUAAGAUUAUAUAUAUAUAUAUAUAUAUAUAUAUAUAUAUAGCUUAGACAUAAAGGGUUGUCUGCAUAGAACUUUGCGGUAUGUUUUAUUACAGACACUUGAUUUGGGGGAUUGCACAAAUUAACCUCACCAUGUUAUAAGCUCAUUUUUAAAUGUUUGAACAUUCUGAAAUCAUUUCCUGUUACAGAAUUAUUCUUUUUAGGAUGUCUAAUUCAGAUAAUCUUAUUUUGAUGAAGCAAGAGCUAUAAACACUGAAACAAAGAUGAUUUGUUCUGGAUAGUAUUAAAAGGAUUUGUUUUUUAAUGUUCAAGCAACAGCAUAAUGAUUUUCAGGUCAAACUCUGUCUUCAAAAAUAUGUGCUCUACAUUUUCUGCCAGGUCUGAAAAAUUCAUCAGACAAUUUCCUUCCAACAAGGGCUGCAGUUCUAUUCACAAAUUGCUUCUUUAGCUACAAAAUCUACUACCCACCAAGCACUGGGUGGUUGUUGUUUUUUAACCAACUGGAAUUUUUGUUUUUAAUCUGUACUGUAUGCAAUGCCUACUUUUUAUCCCCUGUGGUAUUCAGGAUAGAAAAAGGUUUCUUGAUGCACAACAGCAUUGGCAAGUUGGUCAGUGACAAAGAAUACAGAGUGGCCAGCACAGACGUGGAGCCUGGCCUGCUAGUCCUGGAGCCUAGUCAUCAGGUAGUGGGUGAAGUGUUGAUUUGACUGCAUUUGUCAUGCUCUCAUAAGAAGAGCUGAUCCUUUUCUCUGCUGAGAGAUGUCUUGAAAGUAUUAGGGGUAGAAAUGAUUUUUAGAAUUCACAGAACUGGCAGGCUGUGACAGGAGCUCCCACAGUGACAACUUGAUUUAAAUUUAGUACAGAACUAAAUGAGCCGCUCCUCCUAAUAACAUAGAAACGAUUGAUUCGGGGCUGUGAGCUUUUCCCCCUCUAUACCCUGAAUGAAGAAGCCAGACUGAGACGGUAAGUUAAGUGAUAAAACCUGUCAGCAUUGCACCAUUUCGGCCUUUUGACAUACUGCUAUUUCUAAGGAGGGAUCCAAGCACAAGUAGUGAAUGAGUUGCUGAUCCAGACCCAGGACUGCAACUUAUUUGGGGCUUGUCUUAAAACACAGUGAAUUCUUCCUGGUAAAGUUUCUACAGAUACUUCUUCCUGGAAAGGAAAGUGGUUUGAUUAAAAAGGAAUUGGAUUUUUCAGUUAUAAUAUCUUCAGACAUGGAAAAUAUGUCAUCUCAUCUUAUGUCUACUCUAGACUCUUUGAAAAAAGCACAGUAGAUAAUGAAUGACCGAAAAAGGGGUAGAAUCCAAAGGUUUUCUUGGUUGUUCUCUAACUAGAAGAAGAAUUCUUUGGUUUCAUAUUUGCAGCUGUUCAAUUUGCAAUUGGGCAUAAUUGUAUGUCUGGGAACCUAUCCGCAGGGAGUUUUAAUGGUCUGAGGAGCUCCACUAGGCCUAUCUUUUUUACACGGUAAAUCUUGAGCUCAAGGAAGUUAAAAUUAUUUGAAAAGUUGUGAGUAUGACAUGCAGAUGUUGAUUUUUUGAUACAUCCACUCCUCAUAUUGUGAUCUUAAAGUCAUUUGGAAGUUCCUCACCCAGUUCCAAUCCCAUCCUGUCAAGUGUGUGUGGACUCUAAGAAGCCUGCUUGUUAGCUUGUCUUAAAUUCUAUUAAGACAUUUAGACUGAAAUUCCUAAUGGCUUUUCGUCAAGAUUAUACUACUGCCUGACAUCACUUUUACAAAACACUAUAGGACAUUUGUUUCAAAAGCAGCUGAAUAACAGUAAUGUACACCACAUUUUUUUCUUUAAAGAGCACUUUUAUUCCUUUUAAAGUCUAAGUGAAAAAUAAGAAAGAGAUUAAUAGGGGGAAAAAAACUUACAAAAUGUUAGUGUUUACAAAUGCCAAUUUUAGAUGAUUGGAAAGGUGAUUUUCAUUAUGGUUGAAAUUUGGAAUUGAUGAUACAAAGAUUUUGUUCCUCUUUAUAAAGCUUUCCUUAGCUACAAAUUGCCAUUUGUGUUCUAAACAGAAAUCUAAGUCUGCACUUUGAAAUCAAUUCAUUAGACUAUAAUAUGUAUAUGGAUAAAGAUGCAGUAUUCCUUAUUCUGUACUUUAGUUUGCCUACCAAAGCUGCAGUUGAGCAAGUCUAGUAAGGCAGGGCCUUCAAAUGUAUUAAUACAUCUUUGUUGUUAUGACUGCUUGGAAAUGUAGCUUUGGUGUUGCUAUGAAGAUGUGUUAAAAAUUCUAGGAAGAACUGACAGAAUUUAAGCAGUGUUAAAGAUGACCAGUAUGCACGGUACUCUGAAUUAUAGUCGUAAUGCAAGGAGUUGAACGUGAGAUGGUACUCAUUGUAAGAGGUCCAGAAGGCCUUAACCACUCAUAGUUCACAGUCCAAUCUCCAAUCUUGCUCUUUACUAAUGUCUGUAAAUCUAGGAGAUAAGUGUAUUUUGCAACUUCAUUGACCAAGCCUCUCCCUUCGCCUUUUUUCUGAGGUAGCAUAGCUCAUUACAAAAAUUUCUCAGCUUUAUUUGGUUUAGAAUAGGGGUUUGGUAAGUCAUGUCUUCCAUAGUACAUUUCUACGUAGCCCUACACUGCCUUCUGCUUACUUAUACAGGCGCCUCCAACUCACGUGCGUCUGUAUAUGCAGCAGCCAGUGAGCUUAUACUGUCAGCGAAAGAAAAUUUUUUAAAAGACUGGAUUUAUAAUAUUCCAUGCCUAGAAAUGUAAGCUAUUUACCUUAUUAGGGAAUCAGCUUAUAAUGCUAUAUAUGACUUUGCCUGCAUUUUAUAGUUAAGUGUACAUAAAAAAUUAAAAAUGCUAUAUUUUCGCAGUUUCAUUAUAAAACAAUGUCUGUUUAGCAGCCCAUAUCCAUUGGUUCUUUAAAUAUGCUAAAUACUGUGCAAUUGCAAUAGAAAAUUCAGAUUUUCAUAAGAAAAUGAAAUAGGAUACUGCAUCUUUAAAAGAUAGAGUGAAGAUAUUUUAUUGUAUUCGUAACAUAUGUGAUAGUGAAGAAAAAUAUUUUCAAACUCAAAUUUUACAGAGGUUGUAAAUAGUUUGAUGAAGUACUUUGGGGGAAAAGAGCUUCUAGUUUUCAUCACAAUAAUAAAAAAAAAAAAACUUGUUCAGAUAUGCCUUGUAUAUCUUACACACAGCAAACCAUACUGCAUAGGAACUCUGUUCUACUUUGUUAGAGCACAUCCCUUGUUCUCUGACAAAAUGGAAUGGCCAAGAUGGUCUAAGACACAGUGAAGUCCUUUUAAGUUUCCAACAACUGAUUCCAAUUCAAAAUGAUUCUGCAGGAAAAGAGGGAAACAGCUACAGUGGAUUUUACUUGUGCUAAAGAGAAACAUCUAGCAAUUGUUCUCUUUUCUCAGUUAUUUUCCUCUUCAAUGAAGUUGUUUUGGUCAAAACAAACAACUAUAAAUUGUUCUUGUUUAAUUCCAGAGGGAGUACUUUAAGGAGUAGUGACAUGCUGACAAAAUUAAAUGCUAUGGAUAUGGCCACUUGUUAAAUGAAUCUAUAUUGGCAAUAAGAGUUGCUAAAGCCCAUUUUCAGAAAUGAAUUAAAAGCUGAAAGUGCCUGACAGUAAACUAUGACCAAUGAGAUAUUCCUAUACUUUUACACAGCAAUAAUUCAUUAGACUGGGUUUUUCCUCCACAUCUCUCUCUCACACACACACACACACACACACACACACACACACACACACACACACACACACACACACCACAUUGUAAAUACAUGCGCAUGGUAAGUUAAAUCUGUUCGCACACCCACAAAAGUUCUUUUGUGUCUUUUAGAGGAACCUAAUCUUAUUUAUAUUAGCAUUUCUUCAUUUAAUCUUCUCCACUUAACAGAAUAUUAGAAUGUCAAUCUGAACAUUAAGGUUAUCUUUAACAUACACCAUGGCUUAUGGUAAUUAUAAUUUGGAGAUAAAAAUUUUCACUGUGAGAUGCCCCAAACUGUGAAACACAGUGUGUGGCACAAAAGGUUUUUUUCAGCUGACAGAAUUACAUUUCUUCAGAAUGAAACACUGAGGGACAUUUGUUGGUAUUACUUAAUUUUAUCCACUAAUAUAAAGUGCUCAAAUCCAUGUUUAUAUUUCAUUUCCUUUUCCCCUAAUAUUUCCUGUUAUCAUCGAAGAGCCAUUUUCAAAUGCAUAUUGCCAUCCCUUAAAAGUCUGCUGAAGGAAGUUGGGCCGUAGCGCAGCGGGUUAAGCACAUGUGGCGCAAAGCGCAAAAACUGGCAUAAGGAUCCGGUUUGAGCCCCUGGCUCCCCUCCUGCAGGGGAGUCGCUUCGCAUGCGGUGAAGCAGGUCCGCAGGUGUCUAUCUUUCUCUCCCCUUCUCUGUCUUCCCCAUCUCUCUCCAUUUCUCUCUGUCCUACCCAACAACAAUAGUAACUACAACAAUAAAAAGAAACAACAAAGGCAACAAAAGGGAAUAAAUAAAUAAAUAUAAAAAAAUUUUUAAAAAGAAAUGAAAAAAAAGUCUACUGAAGACAACUGAUGACAGACCCUUUCCAAACCUAUCUUUUAAUCAAGGUUUUCAGUUCAUUCUGUAAAUUACCAGAUUUACAUUCAGGUUUAUUUUUUUUUCCCUAUAAUUAUUUACUGCUAAAAAGUGAAGUGAUGAAUAUAAAUAUACCAUGAGAUUAUAAAGAAUAGACACGAGCUCUGGAAAUUCUCCAACUCCACUAUCUCAGAGCACAAAUUUGCCCGAACAAGCUAUUGAGGGCCAUCAGUAAAAUUACACUCAUUCAGAGCCAAACAUUUGGCAAGAGCAAUUUUCAAAGUAUAAUUGUAUGUAAACACUAAGACCUUGGACAGUGAAGACUGCCGUGAUGGACAGUGUUAUCCCACAUCAAACACAGACAGCAAACCUUCCACUGUCUAUCCUGAGUUUCAGCAAGAAGGAAAAGAGAACAGGUCGGUCAGGAAAGGGUAUAAAAUAAUCAAUUCGUUGUGAAAGCUACUGAGUUUCUGAAUCUCAUUGAAGUCAAAUCUGAUGGUCGCUUUCCAGAAUGUUCUGAAAUAACUAGGAAGGUGAAAAAUUCAGCAAACUAUGAAAAUAGCAACCAUUUGCAAUGAAAUGAUUACUCUGUGCCAAGCAAUAUACGAGGUCAUUUUUAAACACAUUAUUUUUGGUCUGUACAAUAGUUCUACAUUUUAUUGAUGGGAAACUGAGGCACAGAGAGGUUGAGUUGUCAAUAAACACUACUAAAUGACAAAAGUGGGAGUGAGAAUCCACUUAUCUGUGGCUCUGAAGCCUGUAUUCUUUCCACUGCACCAUACUAACGUGUUCAUAACAGCCAAUUUUCCAUAUUUCUAAUUCUUAAGAGGUUUUUAUGAUGGAUACGUAGUCAUAUUUUCCAAGAUACAGAUACAUGAUUUGACGGUAGUACAGAAUAUUUGACACCAGUCUUCUCCUGGAAAGUUGCACGUGAAUGACUAUUAUAAACAAAACAGCAACAACCAGAUGUCUCCCUGAACUUGUUACUUUUCUCCAAAUGUUUGAUCUGGAGAUCCAAAAUCAUCACAGCUUCUCUACUUGGCAGAAUUGUUGCCUGCAUGAGUUUUCUCAGUUCUACAUAUUUCUUAGUAUAGUUAAAAUCUUUUUUACCUGUAUAGACCUGUUAGUGGCUGCUGAAGGUGCAUUUGAAAUUUUUGUUUCUAUGGAACUAGUUAAUAGCAGAGCCCACUGUUAGGGUUGUUAAUGAGGUGGUAACGCCAUUCAGAAGAUAAGCAAGGAAAGAUAAGAGAGCAUUUCUCUUCAGAUUUCUCACCUAACUGCCAGCACCCCCUUUGGAAUGUUUUAUGUAGUUUUAUAAAUAAGUUGUUUAUAAUAUUCUUAGCUUAAAUGAACUGUAUGUACGAAGCUGUCCAGUAUCAAAGAAAUGAAGUUCCUCCCUCACCCUUUUCUGUGUUGAACUAGUUCUAUGACAGUAUUGAUUCAUGGAUGUACUAAUGGACUUAGAAAACCUUAAGAGAAUGUCAUUUCUAAUGGUAUUACUUUUUUCUGAAAAUGAAUCUCCUGAAUUAUGAACUCUCUCCCUGUUUCUUGGCUAAAGUAAGAGAUAAAACCUGUAUAAACAAAUUCCCUUUCAUACUUAGAGCAGUGUUCUGUACACACAACUCACUGCUGAAAGGGGGCUCUGCUCAGUUAAUUGGGUGUCACAAGCAAUAAUUUCUCAGUAAUCAAACCACAACUUUAAGUGAGCUGAAAGAGAUAAAUAAUGGAAAUAGCUACACUGGUACUUUAGUUCUUUCUGGAUUGCAUGUUUAGAAAUUAAAAAUGUUUGAGACAGUAAGGCAAGAACCAAUUGAAUUUUUGUAAAUCAUUGUAUCUUGCCUUUUCACAGCAGACUUACCAAGACUCACAGAAAUUCAUUGUUGUUGAGAAAUGAGGAUAAAUAAGAGGGUAAAGUUUGGGUCAAAUUAUAGUGAAAGUGCUCAAGUAAUCAAAAAGUUAGAUAUUUUUGAAAGCAUACCAACAUCUUCCCUUUCUGCUAAUUUCAAGCUCCCAAAUAGAAAAUGAAACAUAGAAAAUGUUUUUGCCCUUUUUGUGUUUCUAAUUUCCCCAUAGUAGAAUUUUCUAAUUAUACCCAGACUGCACUAUAUAUUUUGUUCCUCAAACUUGAUUGCAUUUGGAUGGGUACUGUUGAACUGGGGCACUGGUGCCUAUAUUCAAGGCUCUUUCCUAUCAACGUGUCUGUCCACAAUUGGUUGUGUUUAAAUUUUUAUUUUUCAAAAGUUACCAUCCCCCGAGGAAUGGUGGUAACUGUAUUGUUUUGUUCAUGUCUAUGUGGGACACAUUGCAUCACAUGGCAAACCAACUCUCUGUGGAUAUGAGAUAACUACUUUUAAAACCAGCUUGAAAACAUCGUUUUAUGUAUUACGUCAUCCUGCAUCAUAAUGCAAUUAUGUGUAUCGUAACAUACUCAUUUAAAAAGAAACCAGCAAAUUCAUGUUUGUUCAUAGAAGAAUGUACUUAGAACUUCCUGUGUUGUAAAACGAUGAGAACAGACCACCUUUAAGAUACCCACCUGCCACUUAAAAUGACUUAGCUAUAAUUAGUAGUAGUCUAGACGUUGCUCUUGGUGUGUGGGGGUCAAUUUGAAUGUCAUAUUCUUUUGAAUAAAUCUCUCAAGUCCUAUUGGAAAAAAUACGUGGGAAUAAAGAAAAAUACCAUCUUUGGCCAAAUCAAGCAGACAUCAUUUUCUUUCUCUUCUUCACACUUGACUCAUUAGACAUGGUGAAUAGAUCACAACAUCUAUUUGUGUAAAAAUACAUAAACAUCCUUUAAUUGACAAAACAGUUAUUCUAGGCUUGAAGCCUCAGAACAGCAAGUUGAAUAGAUGUGCUGUAUCUAAUUCACUAUACAGAUGCAAUUGACAUCUUGGGUCUCUGGCCCCAGAGUGUUAAGAGUACUCAAAGGAAGUCCUAUGCAUUAAAGGAUAACCCUCCCCCUCCACCACCAAUGAUGCUGGCCAGCAAAUGUGUUAAUUUCUUAAAUCCUCAUUUGGUUUUCUUUUGAGAGUUUUAAUUGGAAAUGGAUUUAUUUCAGCAGCUUAUCUAAAGAUCUAAUUUCUCAAUAGUUUCCUCUGCAUUUAUAUACUCUCUAGUGUUUAGGCAACCCCUUGUUAUAAGUUUAUUAAUAUUAUGUAAGUGUUGUUCUUGUAUUUAUGUAUAGUGUAUGUAUUGUAAAUAUACUCAGAGCUUUUUUCCUUUUACUGUAAAAUGGUGAUUUUUUUUUUUUGCCCUAUGAUAAUGUAAAGGGAGACCCUCCUAAUGAGAUUCUCUCAGAGGAUGAUUAUUCCAGUCUAUUCUCAGAGAUUUAAAUGAACAAGUGUUAUUGUUUUUAAUGGUGUCUCAGACAUAUUCUGUUGGUGCAUUGCUUUUCUGUAUUCAACUUUCCUAUGAAUUGAGCUGUGAACCGAAAUAGAGUUUAAACCUUUAACUGUAUGCAUUUGUAUAAUUAUCUGAAUGAAGGCAUGAAGGUUAAAUAAAGCAUUUUGUAUGGAACAGAA